CUAUUAAUGGCUGGGUUGUUAAAGUAGCAGAUGUACGAUCAUACCAUACACCCACUAGACAAAAUGUUCUUUUGUUAGUUUAAUGAAAUUAGUCACAAUUGAGUUCGCGUCAUUUUCGUUUGGGAACCAGGGUUAUACGUUUAGCAAAGCAAUUUGGAUGUUCUUUUGCCACGGCUUUAUUAUUAAUCGGAAAUCGAUUAACAGAUAACAUUUUCCCAUUUCGUUUCAUUUUAGUUCUGAAAAUUGUAUGCGGAAAAGACAUUUCAAAUGUAAAGUGUGUCUUAGGUUAGUCUAAGGCGAACAGGGUAGCCAAAACAAAAGGUGAGGGCUAUUUCAAUUUUUGUUUGUGUCCACUUUUAGAUUUUCAUCCAUCUUUAAUUUUAUGUCAUUUCUAAAUUUGUAUUUUUAAAUUAAUAUUUCCAUUUGUUUAACAUGUAUGACAGGAUACCAUGUUAAAAUCCUCUGUGCAAAGUCGAAUUCUGAAGACCUUGCCUAACGAUAGACCUAUUACUGCAAUACAAAUAGUAGAAAAUUUAGAAAAGUGUCCUAGAGGAUUCUACCCAAUCAGUCGAACUUAUGAUCAGGAUUCUGACGCAGAUUUAGGAGAAAGUUCAAUUUUUAAAAGUAGUACCUCCAGAUAUUUGUGUUUAUCCAAAACUGAAGGAAUUCCAAAUUUUGUUGUUCAAGAGAUAAUAAUAGUUAAUCAAGGCACAAAUCCUCCUAAGGGUUUUAGCCUUCUAAAUCGAACUGCUGAUAGUAGUCAGAAAGCUUGGAAGAAAAAACAGAUUUGCUAUCGCUUGGUCAACCAACAGGAUCUUAAAAUUGCUAUUACUGAUAUCAUAGUGUGUAGUAGACUAAAAAAGGCUCCCAGUGGGUUUCUUUUAGCUGGGGAUCUUAAUGGUAUAACACUUUGCUAUAAGAUGGGCAAUGUUCAGGACUCACAAGCAAAUGAUGCCAAUCCUGCACCUCCUGAAAGACCUCCAAAGCCAUUUUUACCACAGGGCCCAUUAUAUCCUCCACUAGGUAAAUUUGAAUUAAAAAAAAGUGCUAUUUACAAAUUUGGUUUUAAAUUAGGUGGAAAUGAACAUGACUAUGAAAUACUUAAGCCAGGUGGUGGGCCUGCAGGACCUGUAAGACCAGCUCCUAGACCUCCAGCACCUGUUCCUCCAGUAAUGCCAUAUCAAAAUUCAACUCACACUUUGGGUUAUAGUUCUUAUUAUGGAUUGGAAGGAGUACCAUUUGUUAUAAAUCCCAAACUUUUAGAGUCAUCUAAUGGGACCAAAGGGUUAACUAUAAGAACCAAGACAAUGCAUCAAAUAAUAAAAGAGUAUGACUACCCAUUUACAGUUGAACGGGAGAGCCACUGAGUUUAUUUUACAUUUUUAAUUUUUGCUGUGUAGUCAUAUUUGUGUUCAGUUCAAGUUCCCAUGUGCUAUAUUGUUUCCCAUUUAUUUUUUACAAAAUCUGCUUUAGAUUUUAGAUAAUAUUAUUUUAUAUUUUUUAAUUAAAUCAUAUAUAAUUGAAACGAGGCAAGCCACAUUUCGGAAUUUCUUAGAAACAAAAAUGGCCAUAUCCCUUAUUUCAUUAUUACAUUACUACAUUAAUUCUGGUUGCAGAUAUAUUAUUCAUAUUUACCAAAUGAUUGCAGUAAGAGAGGAAUAUAAAAUUUUGCGGUUAUUCGAAACAUAUAUAAGUAGGGCUUGACCCCUUUUAACAAUUUUAUACUUCUGACUUUUAUUUUGUACUAAGUUAUGUUAAUAUAUUGUAGAAAUUUUAAUCACAAAUUUAAGAACAAAGUAUUUUUAUCAAUACUGACUUUAUUUAUUUUUUAAUUACCUUGUGUGAAGUUUAAAAAAAAUAUAAAGACUGAUUUGGACACAUUUUGGCUGUCUUUGUGGAGAGAUGAUAACGUGGUGCCAAAAUAUUGCAUGAAAAUGAAAGCGAAUAAAAUUAUUUCGCUCUUAAGCAAUGUCAUUGCACAAAUACUUUUUUGUAGUAGUUACCUGCAACUUUUUUUUCUGUUUUUUAUAUUUACAUAUGUUAGUAAGAAGGUCAAAAAGGGUCCCAUGUUGGAGUUCACAAGCCUAAAGUGAAUUGAAUACUUCAUCAAAUUUUACGCAAUGUAUAGUAGAAUAUAAAUUGCUAGACCACUUGUAUAGCAUCAAGUACUCCUAACAAACCCCAGUUUGCUUAUGGUAAAGAGCACCAUAUCUUAAUUAUGUUUGGAAAUGAUUUCGCUAUAAAUUGACCCUUACUUUAAAACAUAAAAAUAUCUAUGGGCGUUAGUUAAAUAUAGAAUAUUUUAGUUACAUUUAUUAAUUAAUAUGCUAUUUAAUGUAAAUAAAUAAAAAAAGAAAUAAAUGGUUUAAAUAGU